AUGAUCGACGUCGAAGGUAAGAGGCCACUUACCUCCCAGAACAUCAAGGACGAGGACGGUAAGGUCCUUCGGGACCCCACGCUUACCCGCCAGCGGUGGGCGCGGUGGUUCCACAAGCUCCUUAACACCAAGUCGCCGACCAUCGACCUGCAUGCGACCGACAGAGUCAAGCAGUGGCCCACGUGCGUUCCGCUCGACGACAUCCCGUCUCUAUUCGAGGUUGAGGAGGCGGUGCGGGGAAUGGCCAACAGGAAGGCCGUCGGGCCGGACGACCUACCGGCUGAGCUGAUCAAGCUGUUCCUGGAUGGAGACCGAGGCUUCCUCCGCGAAUUCCACGCCAUCGUCGUGGACGUGUGGCAGACGGGGAACGUACCGCAGCAGUGGAAGGACGCCACCAUCAAGGUUCUGUUCAAGAAGGGGGACACGAUGGAGUGCGGCAACUACCGGGGCAUCUCUCUCGUUGCACACGCCGGCAAGGUGCUGCUUAAGGUCGUUGCAACACGCCUAAGCCACUACUGCGAGCGAGAGGGCAUCCUCCCGGAGGAGCAGAGCGGUUUCCGCCCACACCGGUCGACGCUCGACAUGCUGUUCGCGAUCCAGCGGCUCCAUGAGCUCGCGAGGAAGAAGAGUACUGCGGUCUUCGCGUGCUUCGUCGAUCUCACCAAGGCGUACGAUUCGGUGGACCGAGAUCUGCUGUGGGACGUGCUCGGACGCUUUGGCGUGCCCCCGAAGAUGCUGGCGGUCAUUCGCCACUUCCACGAGGGCAUGAGGGCGCGGGUUCGAACGGACGACGGGCAGUACUCGGAAUGGUUUGACGUCGGCCAAGGUCUCCGACAGGGGUGCAACCUGGCCCCGCUGCUGUUCAACUUGUUCUCUGCCGCGAUGCGCAUGGUCGCAGUGACCGAGUUCGACAAGGACCCCAAGGUGACGGCGGAUAUGAUCAAGAUCGCAACACGAGUGGAGUGCACGGGCAAGAGGGGCAGGUCGGCGGGGAAGAAGGCGAUGAUGGUGACGGUCGCAGAGGCCCUGUGGGACAUGCUCUACGCUGACGACGCGGCCAUCGUCUCGCUCACGCCGGAGAGCCUCGAAAAGAUGAUGUCCAUCAUCGUGCGCGUGGCCGGCCUGUUCGGACUGAUGGUAUCGGAGCCAAAGACGGAGAUCAUGUGCAUGCUACCGAAAGGGCUGGGGGAACGCCCGUUCGCGGUCAGCGCCGCUGGCCAGACGUACAAGCAGACAGAUCGGUUUGUGUACCUCGGACGUACCAUCUGCGCGGAUGGGAAGGUCGACCGGGAGAUCACGAGCCGCAUCUGCCGAGCAUGGAAGUGCUACCGCCGGAACAGCACUUCGAUGUACGACAGGAAACGGGCCAACCGCCAGCUCAAGAUCCGACUACUCCAGGCUGAAGUGGUGCAGACCCUCCUAUACGGGUGCGCCUCGUGGAGCCUGGCAGCGGAGCACUACACCAAGCUGAAUGGGACCCACCGCCAGUUCCUGACACGGUGUAUCGGCUGGAGCAAGCGGAAGCGCUCAGACCGACCCCUGUCCUACGCCCAGGCCCUCAUCCAGGCCGGCUGCGAGGAAACCAUCGAGGCCACCGUGCGCAAACGGAGGCUGUGUUUUGCGGGCUUCGUUAUGCGCAUGGAGGACAACCGCCUCCCCAAGCGCAUGCUGCUGGGAGCGAUGGCGGGGGGUACCGGAUACCGGGGCGGGCAGGAGAGCGACUGGGUGUAUCGCCUAGGAGAGGACCUCGUGGCGUUUGGCAUGAAAGAGGAGAAGGAGGGGGGGAGAUGGAAAGAGAGCGCCAAGGACCAGGAGGCGUGGUACGACAAGAUCGAGGACGGGGCGGCAUGGUUCAUGAGGAAAUGGCACAGACAGGAGGCGGAAGCAUCCGCGAAGCGCCAGCGCCAGCGCGCGGAGGAAGCAGAGACGGAGAGCACGGCCGCCCCGGGCCCGAAGAGAAAGAGAAUCGGGGAAGCGGCGGGGGGGGGGAAGAAACGGCGACCGGACACUGCUGUAGAAGCGAGUAGGGCGGCCAAGGCCGCGCUUGCGGCGAACGACGUACCCAACUGAUGAUGUUGUCGCACCCUGUGUUCCCUUUUCCCUGCCGUAAGCUGUAUGCUCUUAGUAUUGCCUCCGGCCUCUCUUUGUGCUUUUCUUCUUUCUUUCUUUCUUGUUCUCCAUGCCCUCUCUACGAUGAUCUUGGACGAUACCUCGAGCUCCUUGUUAUUUUUGUUUUUUCCUUUGCUGGCUGCCUGCCACCUCUGCUGCCUCUUUGGUGCGGUGCCUACCCUACACUAAUGCGCUGGUGCAUACUGCACUGCUGUAGUACCUGGUACUGGUGUACGUUGUCCUUCGAUUUUUUUUUUUUUUUGUGGGAAUAUUUAUGUGUUUGUUUUUCGCCCCCCGUCUUGCUGCACCCCCUGGGGUGUGGUGCAGGGCGGGGGAUGCCUGGUCGGCGGGAACCCGGCACGGAACCCUCCGGCGUUGUAGGCGGGUGUGGGAAGCGUUCCCCGUUCUCCUUUUAUUUUAUUUUGAUCGGUCUCCUCGACGCUCUUUCUCGUUUGGUGCGGUAGCUGGUCUUUCUUUCUAUCAUUUUGUUUCUCUUCCGAGUGGUUUUUGUACCCUAUUUUUUUCUGUUUCUUCGUGGGGUCGUGUAUGCCGGGUUUUGAGACCAC